AUGUCGCAGUCGUUCAAUCCUCCCUUUGAUAUAACUCCUAUUGAACCUCUUACGGGUGGUUUGAAAUACAAGCGAUGGGUUAGCAAAGUCAUGAUGUUAUUAGAAUCCAACGAUGUGGAUUAUGUCAUAUUUGAGGAUCCUGAGAAAUUUGUUGAGUCUGCUGUGCAGUCACCUGCACAAACUGCUAUAAAAGACACACAGGCUACCUCCGAUGGUUCAACAGCUUCAAAGUCGACAACUACUCCAACGGCUCCAACGUCGAAUUCAACGCAGGCUGCUUUGACUUCCCAGACAUCUCGUACCAAGUACGAGAAGGACAACAAGACAGCUCGUGCAAAACUACAACGGGUUAGUAAUCCUCUAUUCGAUAUGUUUUCGCCACACAGGUCAGCGAAACUAAUUUGGGAAUUUAUGAAAGAAAAAUAUGGGGUUGACGACUGUGGAAGGCGAAAAUAUGCCGUUAAUCGCUGGCUACAUUUCACGAUGACGGAGGCCAAACAGAUCACCGAACAAGUACAUGAUUUUGAAAAUCUUGUCGCUGAUAUGAAAGCUGAAGGGGCUGUGGUCAACGAUGCGUUUCUGGGUGACGCAUUAGUUGAUAAAUUACCCGACUCGUGGCUGGACUUCAAGAAUAAAUCAAAGCAUGAGCUAAAGCAUUACACCUUGAAGCAGCUUAUCAAUACCAUCAAUAUUAAAGAAGAAAACCGUAUGGUCAACAAGUCUGGUAAUUUUCCUGAUAGCCUUAAAGCUAAUGUAGUUGAAACGACUGUUGGUCUUGAUAGGCCAAAGUCUGGUGAAUAUGCUAAAAACCAAAAGAAGGGUUCAAAAUCAAAAAAUUCUAACCGGAUCAAAACCGGGAAAAUCUAG